AUGAGCAUCGAGGGAGGCAAUUACCGAAGGAUACGAAAUUUCGAGGAUCGAGCAUGUGCGAAAGAGUGCAUCGAAGAUUUCUCAUGUUUUGGCUACGAAUGGAAUAGUGAAGAACGUGUUUGUUACUUGAAAUCAAGAAGCACUUCUGGAAAGUUGGUCGCCAAACCGAACACCAUGGUCGGAUUCUGUCAAGAUGAUGAAGAUGAAGUACGGUAUCGCCUUCAAGAUCAUGUAAUAGUUGGCCCAAUCGUGUUGGAAGCUGAUGAUGUGCCGGAUGGAGAGGAAUGUAAAGACAAUUGUCGGAAGGUUGGAUCAUUAUACUACAGUUGGAGACCCAAUAGUGAUAAUCAAAGGAGUAAUGUUGUUCCAGUUGAGGAAGAGGAAGAAGAAGAACAAGAAGUAUUAGGCCACUGUGAAUGCAUCAGUACAAUGAACGAGCUUCGACUAGAAUACGACGCUUUCUCCGGAUUCAUUCCAGCUCCAAGACACAAACAUCGUCGAAGUAUUUUCCUUCGACCUUUCGAAGUAUGA